AUGGGAAACUCGUACACAGGGCAACUGAAGACCACCCGUUUUGAGGAGGUUUUGCACAGCUCCAUAGAGGCGUCCCUCCGUUCUAACAAUGUGAUUCCCAGACCUGUUUUUACGCAGCUCUACCUGGAGGCUGAGCAGCAACCCCCUUCUCAGGAAGGAAGAGGGCAAGGGGUAGAGGAAGAGGAAGAAGGUGUUCAGUCCAACAGCCCACCCUUUCCCUACCACAUGAAGCCUACUCCGGAAGGCUGUUGUGCUACAGAUGGGUUCUGCCAGUCAGGAAAAGACCUACGACUUGCCUUCAUCGCUAGCGACUCAUUGGAGGUUCCAUCGGGGUUCUUGCUGGUGGGGGCCAGAUCUCCCACUUUGCCAGAUAACAUCCUAGUGUGCUCUGUGGACCGUAACUUCCUUCCAGAUGAGACAGGACGGAAUGCACUUUUAGGGUUCUCUGGAAACUGUGUUGGUUGUGGGGAGAAGGGAUUUCGGUACUUCACCGAGUUCUGCAACCACAUCAACCUGAAGCUGACUACACAACCAAAGAAGCAGAAGCACUUACAGUAUUACCUCUACAGAAAUGCUCAAGGGGUGCUGAUCAAGGGGCCCCUCAUCUGUUGGAGAGGAGACAGCAGAUCGAAACCAAGUGCCUCUAUCCCUGGUGUGGGUCACUUAGCUUCAGAUCCUCCCCUGCACAUGGAGCUAACAUCAGCCACAGGCCAGUAUACAGGUACAUCAUGCGGGGGAUUCAAACUGUGA